AUGAACGGCGAUCUGCCACAGGAAACCAUCUUCACUGAUUGGCAUCAUCCGAGGCGCAAGUGGCCAUGGCACAAGUUCCAACUGAAACCCAACGCAUUGUACACGACGCUACACAAACGAUUCAACACUAGAACGUGUCCAAUACAAGACCCCCACGCCUUUCUAUUCGACGUGCGCUCGUGCGCCAAUGAAUCAAACGAUGUAGACGAAUUCUACGCCAAACUUGAGGAGCGAAAAGACGAGCGGGUGCGCGAGUUGGAAGAAGUCUGGGAGAACGUGACGGACUUGAUGGUAUUCGACGAGAGGGGCCUUCCUUCGAAUCGGAUAUGGACGUGCAAGCAGUGCAAUAAUAACUCGGGAAUCAGUGAAGUCACUACCCCAUGCGAGCCCGUGUCGACCAACGAUACGCCCGCCGUCCGUUCCCUGUGGUUUUUCAACAUGAUCCAGACAAUGUCGUUCGACAGUAUGGUUAGGUUUUUCGACGGGUUUGUGCGAGAAGCACGCAAAGAGCGCGACGAGUACUGCCGCGAGAAAAGGGCCAGAAUGCAGCGGGGUCGGGAGGAGGGCGCCCGGCGACGCGCUGCAAAACAGGACCAAGAACUCCAAGACCAAAAGCGCGCUGGCGAGAGCAACACCGCCGCGGCCGGGCCACAAUACAAAGCUGCUGGUACCGAAUCGGACUUCUCGAUACCACCCGGCGCUACUGCCCCGAGACCAUCGGUUCCCACCCAAGAUGCCGCCAACAACCCGCCACCAUUAUCACAGCCGCCGAGCACACCACCCGAACCCGAAAUCUCAUCCGAACAGUCCCAAUGCACCCCCGCGAUGACUCCCUCGCCCCGCAGAGAACAGUCCGACUGGAGCAUUGGCAAACGCGACAUAUGCCCCGCCUUCAAUUCCACUACCACAAAUACGGCGAACUCACCGCGUGCCGCUAUUAAACACACAAAAAGAGGUCGCCCUGCCCCAGAAAAAUCCUGCGAGGACGAGGACAUUGCAACAAGUGACACUUCACUACGUCAACCGCGAAAAAAGAGACGGCGCGUUUCGCUACAAACCGAUAACGAUAUCGUGGCGGGGAACACUCAGAUACAAACCAGCGCUGCCGGUACCUCAAAGUCUAAGUUUGGGGUUCCGAGCGAGGCCGAUAUGCUUGCGACAGCAACGACGGACGCCUCACGGAAGCUACAUGGGCUCAUAGGCGAUAAUGACUCCUCCAAUCUUGACAAGACGAAUGCAUCGCCAGGGAUGGAGACAAGCACAGAGUUGCGGCAUUUCGAAAGAAGCCCCAUUUCGGACAUUAUACAACAGCCACUACCACUAGGUCUUCAGGAUCAAACACAGCAUCUGUCCCCUUCGCUGGAAAAUGACGAAUGGUCGUAUGUGCCCAUCGUGGAGUCACAGUGGCCAUUUGAAUGA